AUGGAGACAAGUAACCGGCGACUUACGCUCUUCGAGCAAAUGUCAGCGGUCGACAAUGGCCAGACCACUCUGGCCACCGCCGCUUUCACUGUCGAUGAUAUUUUGGGAAACGUUAAUAAGCGGCCUCAACAAUCGUCGUCUCGCAACCGAACGCUUAUGGAGGUUAUAUUUGACCAUGACAAGAAGAGUUGGAAAGCAUUUCGGGACAAGAUCCGGUUCAAAUGGCCAGUCUCUGCUCAGACCUCCUCGGUUACCGAUGACAUUGUUCAUAGUGAUGGAACUCAGUUAUCGAGGCGCGAUUCGUUUCUUUCUAGCCCGGAUGGCUCGACUCGUGUUGUUGAUGGAGAGGAGCGUUCCCCAGUUUCUGAUCCGCCGGUUAUGAACUCUCUCUUGCAAUUGGCUGGGAGGGAUUUGGUUUGGGUCGGGCACAAUCCGGCUGAUGUUAGCAUGCCUAGUGACGCUCCGUCGUCGAGAACGUUCGGACAACAAACCAACCGCGAUGAUCCGAAUUAUUUGCCUUCCUCGAACACUGCCGUAAACGUCGUUGACAGAAGCGACGACUAUGAAUCUUCUCCGGCGCGUCAUGGUAACCGCCAAUUUUGGGCUAUAUUGGCGGAGGAGAGGGCAUUGUCUUUGAGAGAAGCAGAGGAAGCGACCGCCGCGGCAACGACAGUGAACAAUGGUCCCGCAUUGGAGGCCCAACAAGCUGCAGCGGCGGAGGAGCCGUUGAGGAAGUCAUUAAUGGAAUUAUUAGAAGAAACAACCCAACAAACAGGCAUAAAGGCGCUGCGUUUAUUCCAUGCGGGCAUACAUUUUGUCGUGUCUGUUCAAGGGAGCUUUGGGUUCAGCGAGGGAACUGCCCACUUUGCAAUGACUCCAUCUUUGAAAUUCUUUAUAUCUUCUAAUAUUAAAGAAGGAACUGAGGAAGCAGCAGUGGAACUGUGCUUUAUUUUUAUUUUCGGCCGAAGCGGUAAAGUAGUGCCUGAUUUGAUGAAUUGUUUGGGUGAGAAGCAAAGCUGUUCUCGGUCUUUGGUUUGA